UUUAAAUGCAAAAUUCAGGGCAGCGGAAACACAUCAGCGCUUGAGUGGGCCCAGUCAAAACGGCCAAAGCCCCUCCGAUCGCCGAUCCCGUCGGGACCCACAACGGAACCCCGUAUAACACCCAAGCCGCAACAGCCUUCCCUCCGCAUCCAAACACCACUUCCUCUGCUCUGCUCUUGCCGCGCCGACUUCGCCGGCGACCCAGCAAUGGUCGACGUAGACCGCCGGCCGUCGCUCCCGCACGGCCUCCCGCGCCCGCCGUCCCACGCCGCGGGCCUCCGCCGACUCUCUACCCGCGCCUCGGCCCCCAGCACCCCGCGCACGCCGGCUCCCCCGUCUCCCUCCGCGGCGGCGGGCCCCCCGCCGUCCCCCUCCGUGGUUCUCGCUCACCUCGCCGCGGCCGGAGUGUCCGUCCUCCCGGGCCUCUCCGCCACCGAGCUCGCCCUCGCGGAGGCCGCGCUCGGCGGCGUCCAGCUCCCGCCCGAUCUCCGCGAGCUCCUCGCCCUGGGCGUGCCCUCGGGGGACGGCUUCCCGGACUACCGGUCCCCGGCGGGGCUCCGCCUCCUCCGCUUCGCCGCGCAGGAGGUCCCCGCCGCCGUCGCCGCCGCGCUGCCCCUCGCCCCGGGCCGACGCCCUGGGCGCGCGCCGCCGCCGCCGCCGCCCCCGCCCCUCGUCCCGCUCUGCGGGCGGCAUUACGUGCCGGCGACGCCGUGCCUCGCGGGGAACCCGGUGUUCCACGUGUCCGACUCCGGCGUGACGUUCGCGGGCGCCAACGCCGCCGACUUCCUCCUCCGCGCGUUCGCCACCGAGCCGCCCCCCGGGGCGCCGCUCCGGCGCCAGCUCUCCGCGCCGGCCCCGCCGCCGCCGGCGCCGGCCCCCGCGCCGCCGUCCACGGCGCGGCGCAGCCUGGACUCCGUCACCGGCAGGGCCCCGCGUUGGAUCGAGUUCUGGACCGACGCGGCCGCGGCCGGGGACCGCUUCCUGGAGGUCCCCACGGGCGCCAGGAACAGCUCCGCCGGUGCCACGGCGCCGGAGUGGCUGCUGUCGAGCCUGGAGAGGGCGGGCGCCGCGCUGGCCCGCGGCGGGUGGGCCGCCGGCGAGGUGGAGGAGAUGACGUCUACGGGGGCGGGCCCCGACGGUGGGGAGGCGCUGGCGCUGGCGCUGACGGUCGACCGGUGCUGCGGGGAGCUGAGGAGGGGUGGGUGGGCCGCGGAGGAGGUGGUGGAGAUGCUGGGCGCGCUGCUGGGCCCGAGGAAGGCCCGGCGGGCGGCGACGGCGCUGCCGCCGGACGUGGCCGCCAGGGUGGGGAGGCUCGCCGAGGCCGUGUCGCGGGCGGUCGCGUCCCGUGGCAAAGCGAAACCCCCGAGGCCAUCUUGAAAAUGAAGAAUCUUUUUUUCUUCUUCUUUUUCUUUGCGUUCUAAUUUAGGCCGUAGUAGCUCUGUAUUCCCUGUGACCGAGUAGUACGCGCGUGCACGUGUACUUGUACGUGAACAUAGUUGUGUACAAGCAGCAGGUGCGUCGUAUGGUUUCGAUAGAUCUACCAUGUACAUGUAGAUAUGUUAGGGUGAAUGGAAUCAAUAAAGAAAUCUGGGAGGCAGAAA